GCGCACACAAUCUCUUCUUAGCUGCGCUCAGAGCCUCUCACAGGAUCCAGCGCCAAAGAGAUAGUUUAGAAGGCGCUUUCUGCCAGGGAAGGAGACGGCUCUCAGGAUUACAAAUCUUUGUCUGGCCGAGGUGUGCUUAAUUAUAGAGGAUGCUAAAGAGUAAACUUUGUGUUUGGCACGGAGCGGAACCGUUACUCAACAGGCGCACAACACAGCCUUCUGAAUUGGCUUGUAAGAAAUUAAAGAAGUGCACCUAACAUGGACAACGCGUCAGUGUCUCUCUUCCGAAAUACAUUUGGCAACCAGAGCAUCAGUAACUUCAGCGAUACCAGUGAUGACCACUCUGGUGCCCUUAAUAUUUCCACUGGCAAACUCAUUCUGGAAAUCCUUAUGAUCCUCAUGGGACUGGGCGCUGUGGCAGGUAACAUUUUGGUAAUCAUAAUUGUUGCAGCCACAAAGAAUUUCCACUCUGUGACCUCCGUAUUAAUUAUUAACCUGGCUGUGAGUGACUGCCUUGUGGGAAUUGGGGUGAUGCCCUUUGUUGCAAUGACGGUGAUGUACGAUGGAUGGGUCCAGUACACUAACCUGUGUCUUUAUGUUGGAUACACAUCUUCUUUGUACUGCACAGCCUCCGUUUUGACACUUGCAGCAAUUGCAUUGGAUCGCUACCAUGCUAUCAUAGACUGCUUACAUUACAGCUCCCAAAGCACUGUAUGGAGAACAGCAGCAGCUGUGAUAUGGAUAUGGCUUCAAGCUGCAAUAACUAGUUGUCCACCUUUAUUCGGAUGGAGUAACAUCAGAUAUAUUCCACAAAUGUACAGCUGCUCAGUGGAAUGGUCUAAUAGCCCAAGCUACACGGGGUUUAUGGCAGCCUUUUCCUUUUUGUUUCCUGCUUGUGUGAUGAUGUUCUGUUACAUAAAAAUAGUAAGAGUUGCCAGAAGUCAUGCCAGAAGGAUACAUGAUAUGGAAAAUCACCUACAAAAAAUUGAACCACAUACAUCUGAAAUGGAGAACCCUAGUUUCUCUCAGCUGAUUUACUAUGUAAACUUAAAGCUGUUACCAGAAUACUAUUUGGAUGAUGCCUCUAGCAUUUCAGAUCAAUCCUGUCAUUUGCAUACUUUGAGUCCAGCGAAGAAGCACUCUUUUUCCAGACACAAUGCCCACACCCGGGAACAUCAUGGAGUAUUUCGACUCUUCCUUGUGAUAUUUGCCUUUUUUUGUUGCUGGAUGCCUUACAUUACUGUUGCACUUGUACAAGCAAUAGAAGCUGCCACAGCUCGGAAACCCACACAAAUCCCACCAAAUAUCAUAACUUUUGUAUAUUGGCUUGCUCUGUUCAAUUCAGUCAUAAAUCCUCUUCUCUAUGCAUUACUUAGCAAACGUUUCCGGAAAGCACUUAGAAAUCUUCAUGAAAAACUAUUAGUAAGGGUAACUGGUCAUGCAGGAGAGCAUGUGGGAUCUGAUCUGCCCCUUUCCAUGCCCACCAGGCAAAGAACAGGUUCAAGCAUUACCACUGUUUCUCGGGACAGGUGUGGCAGCACCUCAGUAUUUUCCAUCGACUCUUUUACACCAUCUGGUGGCAGAGAACACUUUCAUGACUACUUGCCAGGAAAUAUAAGUAACCCAUCUUAUCCCUCUACACCAGAAAGAGGAAACUCUAAAGAACUGAGUGGUUACUCUGGACAGCUUUUGGAAGUACCUAAAAUAUCAAUGGAAAAUGAUAGACUUAUUGUUAGAGCAUCUGCAUGUGAAUCACAGUCCACAUUUGUAUUUGGGCCAAUAACAAUUAAAGUGGAAGAGGAGUCAUGAAUUAAAAAUUAACCAAACUAAUAAUCAUGGAGCACAGAGCAUUACUCAGCUUCACGUGGUAUUAAAGUGUAAAUAGAGAACUGCUUUUGAAAAAUAUUUAAAAGCCAAAAAGUUAAUGAGAAUAAGCAUGGUGUAUGUCGUUUUGUAAAAGAUUCAUUCAAAAAGACACAGCAAAGCCCAUUAGCAGGCACAUCAAUGAAACAAUGAUUUAGCAGAUUGUAGGAGAGUUUGCAGUUCAUUUCUUAGACUCCUUCAGCUCUGUUCUGUUACUGUAGAUUUAUUCACUAAUCAGGUGGCUUCCAUUUCUGUUCUAGCCUGAUGCCGCCCAGGAUAACAAUUUGUUUGUUUGCUGAUUUGCUGGACUUGAUGAAUAUUGACAAUCAUAUCUUGUGAUGCGUGUGCAUGUGCUUAUUACACAUACACACGCCUAGAGUAAGUGAGUGUUAAUUUGUAAUUAAAGAAAAAUUUGAGGUACAGCCAAUCAGUCCAAUUUUCUGCUUUCCCUUAUUCUUGUUAUGGUCACAGAUAACUGGAGUCAUUGAACAUUAUAAAAUUCAUUUGGAUGAUGUUUGCAGAACUAUGUUUUUGUGAUUUUUCUACACUUUUACUUAGUAAUAAAUAUGGCACACAUCUGUAAUGGGGCUUUGACAUUUUUUAAACCAAGUUACUUGAAUAAUGCCUAAAUGAACAUCUUUACCUACUGAAAAAAUCAGUUA